UCCCAAUCAUAUUCAAAUUGUUUCUUGUUAUGAGACAAUUUGACUAACUUGCUGAAUGGUGUUUCAAAUUAUAUCAAAGUUAUGUAGGUGUUAAAUCAAAGAUGGUGAAGCUGAUAAUGAUUGCCUAUGUUCUGACGGUCUUCCUCAUGCUGAUGGACUAGAUGAUGGUCGUGAUUUGAGAGAUGCUGAGCAGCAACCAAAGCGUUGUUUAAGAAAUUAUCAAGAGGACAAAAUGAGCCUUCGAGGAUGUCUAUUGAAACUGGCUCUUAUGUCCUUCAUUAUAUAAUUGAAGGGCGUGUUUGCUAAUUGACAAUUUGUGACCAUGCUUACCCAAAAAAACUUGCUUUCCAGUACCUUGAAGACCUGAAGAAUGAAUUUGAGCGUGUUAAUAGGGUUCAAAUUGAAACAGCUGCUAGACCCAGAAUCUACUCAUUUGCCUCCUUUUUAUGAAUUGGUUAUGGAAGAAUUAAUCUUGCCACAUCUCUGGAAAGCAACAGAAUUGAUUUGUGGUGCGAUUGAUAAAUGAUAACGGGCCUUAAUGUUUGGACUACACAUCUGUUUUGUUUGGCCCAUACUUGCACUGCUCUAUUUGAUAACGAGGAAUAGCACACUGAUCUGUCUGAUAAUGAGGAAUAGCUGGCCUCCACAUUGGGAUCAUCAACAAAGUUGUCAACAUUAGAAUAUUAGCCACAUCACCCAUCGGCAUCGAACGUUACUAUCGGUACUGAUUAUGAAUUUAAGAUAAACCAGAGUAGAUAGGAGGUACCGACAAGUUUACAAUGCAUCGGUUUAAAUUAUUUGAUAGAUAUUUUCUAUGCUACACGCAUUCAUUAGCAAAAUUUCUGUCGUCAACAACUUGAACUUCUUGACCCAUUCUCCACUGAAGGCUGCACCUUCGAGCUUGGGUCAAAAUUACAACAUCAAGGGUAAAAUGUCUUCUGAACCAGUGAACGUGAAUGACUUCAAAGAAUUAGCCAGGAAUGCACUUCCAAAAAUUUACUAUGAUUACUACGCUGGGGGAGCUGAGGACGAACACACGCUUAGAGAGAACAUACAAGCUUUCCAUAGAAUCACGAUUCGGCCUCGAGUUCUGGUGGAUGUGAGCCAAAUUGAUAUGUCAACAACCAUAUUGGGCUAUCCCAUCUCUGCACCUAUCCUCCUUGCUCCCACUUCUGCACAUAAGUUGGCUAUCCCUGAAGGAGAAUUAGCCACGGCCAGGGCAGCUGCUGCUGCAAACACUAUAAUGAUUCUGUCUUACUCUUCCACCUGUUCAAUGGAGGAAGUUGCCUCUAGCUGCAAUGCUGUCCGUUUCUUUCAAUUACAUAUUUCCAAACGGCGCGAUAUCUCGGCGCUGCUAGUACAGAGAGCUGAGAGAUUUGGAUACAAGGCAAUUGUCCUGACUGCUGAUACUCCUCGACUUGGAAGAAGGGAGGCUGACAUAAGGAACAAGAUGAUUGGCUUUCCAGUGAAGAAUCUUGAAGGCCUCAUGUCUAUUGACGUUGAAUCUGACCAAGGUUCAAAGUUAGAAGCUUAUUACAACGAGUUGUUGGAUGCAUCUAUACGUUGGGAAGAUAUAGGGUGGUUAAGAUCAAUCACUAAUCUGCCAAUUCUGAUAAAGGGGAUUCUCACUCAUGAAGAUGCAACUAAAGCAGUGGAAGCUGGUGUUGAUGGAAUUAUUGUCUCCAAUCAUGGAGCUCGUCAACUAGACUUUGCUCCUGCCACUGUUUCUGUCCUUGAAGAGGUUGUUGAUGCUGUGAAGGGUAAAGUUGCUGUGCUCUUAGAUGGAGGUGUGCGGCGAGGUACAGAUGUGUUUAAGGCAGUAGCCCUUGGUGCCCAGGCAGUGCUCAUAGGGAGACCAGUUUUAUUUGGACUGGCAGCAAAGGGAGAAGGAGGAGUAAGAACAGUGCUGGAGAUGCUGAAGAAUGAGUUAGAGAUUAGUAUGGCACUUUCUGGGUGCCCAUGCAUCAAGGACAUUACUAGAAGCCAUGUUAGGACACCGUACGAUAAGCUGCCUUCAAUGCUUUAGUGCCUCUGUAUACCAUUUAUAUAUAUAAUUUAAGCAUAGCUGAGUUAGUCUUGCAAAUAAGAGGAAGCUGGGAACUCUACAAAAAAAAAAA